AAACAAGUUAAAUUUAACUUCCGGGUAAUUUUGGCUAUCGAGGAUUUGUAAUUUAUUUAAGAACACGCGUUCAGUAACCUACAUGUUCACUACGAGACGAUAUUUUAUUAUGAUGAUCAGGGUACACUGAUAGGAUGCUGGCGGGUUUUGAGACGCCCCUCUCUGUGGCAGUGGCCUCGGUUGUGGUGGUUGUGGUGCUGGUCGUGAUACUGGCUCAGUGUGUCUGUGGGAAAAAAAAAGAAGUUUCAAUCCCAAAUGAGACUGCAGCUAGCCCAAACCCUGAGCAGGAUGUUACACUGGCCAGUCCAGACCAAGUCAAGGCGACCCUGAACGGACAGACGGCAGUUGGGCUGGACCCGGAAAUGGGAAUUACGCCUCUAUCUUCCUCUGUUGGCUCCCAGAACGGCAAUGUGCACAGUCGCGGAAACUCUCUUGACCUGACGAAGGUAGACAGACGUAGUGGGGCCAGUACCGGGUCCUCUCCUAGACCAGCCACAAGUAGAGAACUCCCUGAUAUUCCCAUGUCCAACGGUCACAAGUCCCUAACCCAGCCUGCUGAGAGGCACAUACAACAGGCUGACAGGGGACAUCACUCACACCUACCAGACAUACCUCCUUCAGGGAAAUCUUCUACAUCUACACUGGAGAGUUUUCCAAGGCCUGGAACUCACUCCCAUACCCAGUUACCAGAAAUUCCUGCAAAUGGUUCAUCAAACAAGUCUCCUGACAUGUCUAGUUUACGGACUUCACCUAGAAACCCGAGAGCUAUUCUUUCUGUUGACAGUGUUGUUCCCAUAAGGCAGAAACAAUUGAAAGAAAAUGAGAAGUCUGGGGGUAAUGAUGACUAUGAUCAUUUAGAGGAAUCAGGGAAGAAAAAAGUCCGACCAAGGUCAGAUUAUGACCAUGUAGUGCUAGAAAAUGGCAAAGAACAUAUCAAGCAUGCAAAGGGUAAAUUUAAUGAGAAUGAUUAUGCUGAAGUUAAAGCAGAUGACUAUGAAACAGUGCCGAGCAAAGUGUCAGUGAUAUCAAUAUCAAUACAUUCUACCUCACAGGAUAAAAGUCCAAAAAAAUCUCAACCAAAUUCAUCAUCCCAUUCACCCGCUCAGAAAACAGAUAGCUACGAUGAUCCAUAUAACAAAAUCAAAGAAACAGAUCCACCGUACAACAAAAUCAAAGACAAUGGCACUGGUUCAGCUGCAAAAGGGGAUGAUCCCCCAUAUAACAAAAUCAAAGAUUAUCCUUACAAUAAAAUUAAAGUCUCACUAGGAGAUGAUCCGUACAAUACUGUCAAAGAGGAAGAUGAUCUUGAUCCAUACAAUGAUAUCUUGGAUGAAACUGGUAACCCAAGGUCAGCAGGACGGCAGAAAAAAUCUCAGAAUAAUAGUUUUAAAGGAGCAGUCUUUGAUCCAUACAAUACUGUUACAAUUGAUGAAGAGAGAAAUGUUUCCAAUCAGACUGAUCCAUAUGCAAGAGUUGGGGACACUGAGAUAGACGAUCCAUACAACAAAGUGUUGGAUGAUGGCGUAGGCGCUGCUGAGGGUGAAGUUUGUCCUGAAUAUGGUGAAGAUGACUACGCAACUGUGAAUAAACUAGAAGAAGUGGAAUAUGCAAAGGUUAACAAACCAACUGCGCAGGGAAGAAAUACAGACCCUGCAAAACCAGGUCCCAUUGGUGCCACUGCAAGCUCACAAGUUUCAAAUCCUGUACCACCAAAGUUACCUCCUUUUACUGCUAGAGAAGAUUUACCGAGUAAUCAGUACUCUACUGUUAAGAAAGUCAGAAAUAUUAGCACCAUAUCGGUAGGCUCAGGAGCUGGCAGUUCAAAUACUGGUAGAAACUCUGGUGCGGCAACCUCUGGAACUGAUAGUGCAAGGAAUGCGAAUUUAGGUCAAGGUCAUGGUAAUGUUGUUCAAGGACAUAUAGUUACAACUCAAGGGGCUUCACCUUCUGGGCAAAAUCCUGUUUCUAGAGGGCGUGAACAUGAUUUUGGCAUUCAAAAUCAAACAUCACACCCUGUUAGCCUUAUAAGUUCAGCCCAAGGUCUAAGUUCAAGAACAAGUGAAGGUCAAGGCCAGACCUCCAGGGACCAAAAUAAUGAGCCUGCAGUACCUCCUGAGCCCCCAAGGGACUAUGAUGACAGUGAGAAUGGAGAUGGGUCAUUGGAAAUUGACCAUUACAACACCUUGGCUCUCACUAGACAGGGAUCUACUUCAGACAGUGGAAGUCAGAUUAGUCAGAAGAAAGAGCCACCAUACAACAAGCUGAGUGUACGCGAGUCGCUGGCCAGUAUGAAUGAGAGGGCUGCCAGGAACACGUACGAGUAUGUCUCCGAGGUUGACAACCUGUAUGCCACUGUUGAUGGAAGUUCAGGAGAUGGGGUUGUGAAGCCCAAGCCAGGAACCAGUAGCCAGGGGCCUCAGACAGGGGAACAUUACUCUGAGAUUGAUGCCCCCGCUCCGCCUUCGCUUGACAGCUUGCACGAAACGGCAAAACAUGAACAUCGCAGAAAAACCGAUUACUACAACCUGGACAAAAACUCACCAAACAAAGGUCAAGGUCCUACCCCUGGUCAAGGUCAAGGUCAUACACGGACUCCAUCCAGUGAUAUGACUACUUCAGUGGAGAGUAGGGUCAUGAGCUCUAGUUUUGAAGGUCAUUCCAUGAACUCUUCAUUUGAAGGUCGGGUUCCUAUAGCAACCCAAGAAAGUGAUGACCUAGAUUUUGACCCGAACUACCAGUCUGUUAGUGAUGAUAAGAUAUCAGAUGUGGCCUCGGAAUUUGAUCCAAAUUAUGAAACAGUCGAGGAGGCAAGAUCAAGGGUAAAGUAUGAAGAGAUCAAUGGCGCAAGGCCAAAGAAGCCUAGCAGACCACACAUUUAUGAAGUACCAGAUGACAAAAGAAAGUAUGAAGUAGUUAAUGAAAGAGAAACGGUAACAAAAGAUGGUAAAACUCGAGCUCAUGUUUACGAAGAAGUUCGAGAACCGAGUGAAGCGGGAAGACUUAAACACAAAGUGCUGAGUCAGCACACUUAUGAGGAAGUCCCGGAAGUGCCAGAGGUCAAAGCUCAAGGUCAUUCGGGCAAGAAAAGGGCGGGUAAAGGGGCUGAAGUUCAAAGUUUGGUAGAAGGACAAAAGAAAAAGAAAGGUCAUGAACGGAGUGGUUCAGGAGACUUGUUUUCAUUUGCAAAACGAAAAUCUGGUGAUAACGAUAAUAAACAGAAAGACAAAGAGAGUAAGAAAAAGUUGGAUGGGAAAGAUGGCCAUAAGAAGUAGUUUAAUGGAAGGGAAUGUUGAAAAAAUUAUUUUAUUGGAAGUAUUUUUAUAUCCUCGGCUAAAAAAUCUUGCAACAUUGCAUUUAAAUAUCCAUAUUUCAUUAGUAACAUGCGCAAUAAUGGGAAUAUGUAAACUCUGACCUUCUCUAAUUUGUAUACACAAUACUUUUAAUUCAUCAUUUUAAGAUCAAAAACAUAUUUAAUAUGGGUAGGAGUUUCGUGUUUAAGGUCACAAUUAUUUUUUCGCCAUAUAAAAAUAGCAAAGCCGAAUUUGAUAGAUUUAACUGAUUUUGUUGUGAGGUUAUAUAGAAAUUUUAUUUUAUUUGACAUAUGUUUGAUCAUGUUAAUAUCGAACCUUACCACUAGAUAAAAUUUUAACACUUGGUUAAAAGACAAAUAAAAUGCAUUUUUUUUACAUGGUUAUUAACCAAUUGACAGAGUUUGUUUUACAAUGGCCUUGAAUAUGUGUAAUUUUUUUUUAAAAACCCUUAUAUUUUGUGGUUCAAUGUACAAAUUCUAACUAAUACUGGCGGACGUUGACGUCAUUCAUUGACAGCAAGAAUGCACUGCUGGGUUUAAAAAGAAAUGUGGGUAAUCUCAUCCUGGCUCUUGUAAUAGUUCCAGCUAGGUUAAAAUAGCACCCUGCUGCCUUUUUAAAAAAGUACACAGAGUCAAUUUUCAGAAAUAAAAUUUAUAAAUAUACACAGUUUUGACACUUAAGUAAAGAUAGCAGCUUAGGUAUUCAUAAUAAACUAUAAGUAUUGAAAAAUGAACAUUGGCCCUUGCAAGUGCCCCAUUAAGGCUCAUUAUACGCACAUGAAAACUGCCCCUUCUCACCUGGCACCCAACCUUUUCAAAUCCUGGCUGUAGAUCUUAGACUGAUUCUAUGUAUUCUGUCUUAAUCCUAAACUGCUUAAUAAGGUUCACUUAUUUAUAUUCUCGAAUUCCUGUUACCAAUUCUUCAAUACAUUUUCUUGUACAUAAUUGUCUUCAGGACAUUUCAUUAAAGAUACUCACUCAUAUUUUUGUAAAAUGUAGCAAAUCAUACGGAGUGUUCAAAAUAAGAUACAAAAAACUGGAACCCUUCAGCAUAUGUUGAUUUUUGAUCAAAUAUCUUCUUUGAACAAAUUUCAUAAGCGUUAAUAAUCACUUGAUGUUAUCAAUGUAUUGUUAAGAGGUAAAAACACAAUCACAAUUGUUUAAGUCCAGGUGGUGUUGUGGUUUUAGGCAUGGGUUUUCUCAUUAUUUCUUGUUUUUAUGCCCCCACAAAGUGGCGGCAUAUAGGGUUGCCCUUGUCCGUACGUACGUACGUACGUACGUACGUACGUCCCGAAGAUUGUUUCCGAUCUAAUUCUUGAAAACCGUUUGUCCAAUCCUCACCAAACUUUAAACACAUGUUUGUGACCAUAAUAUCUUGAUCAAGUUCGAUAGUCAUGGAAAUCGCUUUAGUCAUUUAGGAGUUACGGCCCUUUUUUGCCAAAAAUUCCCGAAGAUUGUUUCCGAUCUAAUUCUUGAAAACCGUUUGUCCAAUCCUCACCAAACUUUAAACACAUGUUUGUGACCAUAAUAUCUUGAUCAAGUUCGAUAGUCAUGGAAAUCGCUUUAGUCAUUUAGGAGUUACGGCCCUUUUUUGCCAAAAAUACUUCAAAAAUAUAUGUUUCCAAUCUAAUUCUUGAAAAGUAUGUGUCCAAUCCUCACCAAACUUUACAUACAUGAUUGUGACCAUAAUAUCUUGAUCAAGUUCGAUAGCCAUGGAAAUCGCUUUUGUCAUUUAGGAGUUACGGCCCUUUAUUUGCAAAAAAAGACUUGAAAAAUAUGUCCCGAAGAUUGUUUCCGAUCUAAUUCUUGAAAACUGUUUGUCCAAUCCUCACCAAACUUUUAACACAUGUUUGUGACCAUAAUAUCUUGAUCAAGUUCGAUAGCCAUGGAAAUCGCUUUAAUCAUUUAGGAGUUAGGGCCCUCAGAUUAUCCUGAAUAAUCAUUAUGGCUUAUUUUCUGUGACAAAAAAUCGAAGUGGGGGCAUCCGUGUCCUAUGGACACAUUUCUAGUUACCUCUGGGUUUGCACUCCACUAAAUCCAAAGUCCUUUUUUUAUACGUAUCUGUAUUUUUUUCUGCAAUUUCGAUAUCAUAGAGUAAUAUAAAGAUAAAAUAAAUGUUUUCAGAUGCAUUACCGGGAAAACUAAGCCUUGGUAAAAAGCAUGAACAGGUACAUUUAAGAUAUUUUUAGCUUCCCUGUUUUGGAUUGAUUUCAAUGCUGUGCAAUAAAAGUCAGCAGCCAUUUGUAUAAAAUGGUUAUUCUUUUGGUUUGGUAUAUAUAAGUUUUUUGAUUGGUCAAUAUUUAUCCAAAAGUUGCCGUUAACCAAUCAAAUACAUGAAAUUGAAAAUGGCAGACCAAUCUUAGAACAUGAGCACAACUUAAUAACUAUAAAAGUUUCUAUUCACUUACUGAGUUAGAAAAUUUUAAUAAGUUGUACAUUCUAUCUUUAGGCUUGUUUUUCAUUGAAUUAUUUUGUGGGUAAAUAAAACUUAUUUGAUAAAUAUAAUAUUGACAAAUUACUUGACAUUUCAGCUAACUUUGACCAAUCCAAACAUUUAACUAGUUUUAAACAAUUGAAAUGCAAUGUCAUUUUCUAAACUCAGUUAGUUUUAAUUUAGGACACUUUUAGCCCUCUUCUUUCACAUUUGCUAGUAUAAAUGGUUACAUUAAUAUCAUAGUAGAAUGUCAAUAUCAUGCGUGUGGAAAUCCAUUCUGCUAAUAUUAUAAUGAAUUUAUAAAGUUGAUAAAGUUGGUUCCAUUUCAAGCUGUUUUGUAGAAGGACUAAAUAUUUGUGUGCAAAAUUAAAUAAUAGUUUGAUAAUCAAAUAAUGCACCAGUCAGUUUUAGCCACCGCCCCCAUUGGUCCAGCCAAUCCCAUAGCAUAUGGCCAUAGUUACAAUUGACUGGUGCGCAAGAAAAAUGCAGCAUAGCGAAACGACCAAUAAUCAUGUUUACCAUAAUAUAUAGAAAGUAAAAGAAAGACAACUCAAUUUGGGGGUGGCUGUAGUUACAAUUGACUGGUGCAUAAGAAAAAUGCAGCAUAGCGAAACAACCAAUAAUCAUUUUAUCAUGUUUGCUUAUAUGUAGUAAGUGAAAGAAAGGCAACUCAAAUUGUUAAUGUCUUUUUACUAUGUUCAAAUAGCCCUUGUUGUCUUUUAAUAGACAUCUUGUAUGAUUACAUUCCAAAACACCAAGAGUACAUUUUAAAGGUUGUAUUGUAAAAUAAUCAAUAUAUAAAUUUGUAACAUUUGAAGAUAUAUCCAAUAGACAAAUAUGUGAAUGGUGGAUGCCUGGUGUUACCUGUUUAUUGUUUUGGUAUCGAAUAUAUAGGAAUAUUGUAUCCUGUGCCCCAUUUAUCCCAUAUAUAGGUUCACCUACUAACCCUGUAAUGUAUAUAUAUAUAUAUAUAUAUAUAUCAUGUCCACCUGUUUCCAUUUAUGAAUUUAUGUGCAAUGUUUUGUUUCUUCAUCGGGAAGAUAGACACCAUUUUGGUACGAUAUCAAGAUCAGUAACCCAAAAUGUAAAAAAUAUGGGGUCACAGUCAGGUGUAACCAGUCCUUGACCGAUGGCAUUGUGUCAUUCAGGUUGGUGGUGUGAUAUACAAUGAUAUCGUAGUGUUUUUGUUUUUAUUUAUUAUUGUCUUUAAAGUGUUGUGCAAUGUGGAUCUGAUCUUAUUUAAAAACAGCUGUACUUAUAUCAUGUGAGUCGUAUUUAUGCCUUCUACGUAACAUUUAUCUAUAUGUACCGUACAUUAUUCGUACCAAUAUUUUGUAAGCCAUAUUAUUGAAUGUACCUUUGAAUGUAUGUCAUUAUGUUCGUUUGAUAAUAAUUUUGCUGUUAUUUUCAGCUUUGAACUGAUAUAAUUAUUUUUAGUUUAUAUUCUGUAUGAUUAUUUUCUUCAUUUAAAGCUGCACUCUCACAGAUUUACUGUUUUUACAACUUUUUUAUUUUUUGUUUAGGAAUGAGCAAAUUUGUAUGUAAAUAUCUGAAAUAUCUGCUAACCAGUGAUAAAAGACUGCUGACAAAAGAUCAGAUCGCAGAUUUUCAUUUAACAUCCAUUCAAAAAUUAAUGUUUUAUGGCUUAAAAUAUUACGAAUGGUUUAAGAAAAAAGCUGAAAUAUUUUUUGUGAGCAAUCAUAUGUAUCAAUGGUUCGGAGAUAUUUAUGCAAAAAUUGGCUCAUUUUACAACGUUCAAUCUGUGAGAGUGCAGCUUUAAAGGGUUACAUACAUGUACAUUAUUUAGUUUUUGUUAAGGAUAUUUGAUUAGAGAUUGAAUGUUUUAGUUUAUGGUUCAUCUGUGUAUGAAAAAAAUAUGAUUCAGACUUUACUAUUAUCCGCAUACUGACCAUAUGUUUUUCUUCACAACUGAACCAAAAAGUUCAUUCUUUGAAUGAAAAGAAAUAUUCUAAAAUAUUCAAAAUUUAUUUAUAUUCACACUCAUUAUUUGCAAGUUUCUUUCGGAUAAUCUUACUACAAUGCAGAAAAAAUAAGUUGCCAUGCUAAUUGUAUGAAGUAUAAUAUUAUAUUUGACUUUAGAAUGGUGGCAUUGCCAAUGAAGUUUAUUGCAGGUGUUUAUAAAUAUAUGUUGUUAUCCAGGUGCUUUGCAAAGCUUGCUUAUGACUAUAAUUUCCCCAUUGAUAGUUAAGUCAUUUAGUGUGUCAUUUGAAGGUUAACUUCAACCAUUCAUUUUGCAAAAAAGUUAGUUAAAUAUUUACUAGUGUACAACUGCUGCUGAUUGAUUAGAAGUACAGUAUAAGGUAGGAUUUAGAAGUUGAAGCCCGAAGAGACUUGAAGCAUCAAACAAUCAGAUAUGUGAGUGUGUUUUUUUCCAACCAUAUUUGGAAUGGUGGUGUUCGGGCCUUUUUACUUGAAAAAAAAAAUCGUCUUUUGACCAAAAUUGCAAACUCAAGAAUGUUUGCCUAGAAAUAAAUGUCAUGAAGUUGUUUCUAUAAGAAUACAACAACUCUUCCAUACACAAAUGAUUUGAGGUCUGAUUGUUUUAUAAAAAAAUCAAGAAAAAAAAAAAUUAAUAUAUUUGGGGGAAAAAGAAUGUUUUAGCACAAGGUAUGGGGCCAAAAUUCAGCCUAAGAUUGGUGAUGAUAUAUCUAUAUAUGGGUCAUAGCUUGGCCGACCACAAUCUACAUAGCCCAGAGCUCUUAUCCCCCUUAAUGCACUAAAUUAUUUCGCUAGUUUAUGUGAAAAAACCUUUUACCUUAGUGGCUGAUAUUACCCAAGUGAAUGUGUACAUAUUACUAGCUAUACAUUUUAGAGAAGGUCUUUAAAUAUUAUUGUGCAAAAGUAGUGCAUUUAUGAAGCCAGACAUUACCAUCACCUUCUGUAUUUUUAUGUCAUGGAACCAUCAGGCAUUUUAACCCCACAUCUGUAUUCAGUAUUCAGCAUCCAUAAACAUUCCACAAUCAGCACUGUUACCUUCAUUAUGCAGUGAAUUAUGUACCUUAGCUUACAAAUGUAUUAUCAAUAGCUGUAUUUUUUGUUGUCCAGCAUAUUUAUUUAUCCAGAUCUUUGAAUGUCAUAUUGCAUGUUUGCAUUUUGUACAGUGACUGCAAUGUUUGCACUUGUUUGAUCAAAUGUUUGAUCAAACUGUCAAAACAGUGUUCUUUUUUAAUUAUUUUUACAAGAUGUUUUAGAUGCAGCUAAAACCAAUUGUUUUUAUACAGUCAAAACUCCUUGGCACAAUAUCCCAGAGACCGGCUCAAAAUACUUUGAAUUUCGACUCUGACAAAGGGGAAAACAAAAUCGUCUUUACAUCCAUUUUAAGCCAACAAAGAAAUCGAGCCAAGUGAUAUCGAGCCAAUGUGUCUAGACUGUAUGUGAAUUUGAUCUAUUAUUUUACAUGAAAGAACUUGCAUUAUUGCCAAUAUUGUCCUGUAUUUCUUAUCUUCUUGACCUUAAAUUAUUACUAACAAACUUAAUCAUGACACCUCCACCUUUACCAAACUGUUUCAGCUACAUCCUCUGAGUUUUGGUCUUUUUGACAUUUUGACAUAAAAUAAAGAAUAGUAUUUGACAACCAUUAGAUAUGCAGAUGAAAGACCUAUAUAUAUAUAUAUCAGGGCUCGACAUUAACCACUGCCCGAUUGCCCGGGGCAAGUAAUUUUUGCAGUCGGUCAGUAACUUUUGCUAUCAACCUGCCCGAUCGGGCAGUAAUAACUUUUAAUGGUUAAAGUAUUUUUCCUGUAAACAAGUCGAUUGCAUUAUCAAUUGAGUGUAAGUUUGUUUGUUUACGUUCGUUAAAAGUUGGUUUCCCAGCAAUCUGUAUAACAAAACAGCAUUACCUCGCUUUAUGACAUCAUUAGUCUUAUCCCCCUCUGGAGAGAAAUGAAUUGAUUGUCGGAAUUUCCCAUGAUUUUGCGUAUUGGCGGAAAAAGUGAUGUCAUUAGCUUCAUCCCCCUCUGGGGCGAUAUUGCCCAAAUACGAGGCAAAUAUAUUAAUGGGUAAAAGAUGAACAGGAUUUAAAAAAGAUGAAACACUCUUCUUUUGCCAAUUGUCAGUUCAAUUUAAAAAAGUUUAGUCCAGAUAAACAAUUGAAAUCUAUUUUUUUCAACUUUACACUUAAAAUUUAUUUAUAGAUAUUAAAACAAAAGUGAAAGUAGAAACAUUUUAUUCUCAAAAACUGGGACGAAUAUCUUACUCCCAGACGAAAAUUAAAUGCAGUGCAAGUCCUUUUUUCUUGCAAUAAUUAUCACAAAAAAGUAUUGAAAAUCAAUUUAAUAUGUUAAAGGACGAGUAUUGAUUCUGUACAUACCGGGUAUAUUAUUGAGAACUUGGAAACUAAAACUACUGUAUAAAUAUGAUGCUGAAAGUUGGGGCUGAUUGUUUUCUUUAUUUUUAUAAGACAGUAGAUGUUCAAAGUGGUCACCAGUAGACUAGAAUUUUGUGUUUACAAUGCCUGAAUUUUUUAUGCUUGACCCCUGUAUGAGUUGACUCACAAACAACCGCUGGUUAAAUGUGAAAAUAUUGUAGAAAAAAAUAUGUCUUAAGAAAUCGGGCAAGUAAUUAUUUUAUUCGGGCAAGUGAAAAUGGCUUGGUGGUUGCCUUCGGGCAACCAAGUAUAAAAAUAAGCGUCAAGCCCUGUAUAUAAAGUAAUUGAAAUUGAUUUUGACAUUUUAACAUAAAGAAAUAAAAAUAUAUGUUAAAAAAACGCCCCUGUAGUCUAAAAUAAUUGUGUCGCCCCAUUUUGGUGUAGGAGACAUGUUAAAGUUAUGCCUGUCUGUCACAAAGUUUGCCUCUGAGAAAUCUCCAAAACUGUUGGAGGGAUUUUAUUGAACUUUCUAGCAAUAAUAAGUACCAAGCCUAGUUGUGCAUGACUAACAGCACUUUGCUUGGAUAAUAUCGAUAGACAUAACUUAUGCGCCCUAGAAAACGGUCUUCAAGUCUAACCAAAUUUUAUUGAAGCAGUUUUGAAUGUUUUUUAUGGGACUGUCAGAUCAUUUCUUUUAUAAGACUACCUUUUACAACACUACUUUUGUUUUAAGUCUUAUCAUACAUAUUUUAAAGGAACUCACCAACACUCUUAGGGUCAGAUAUUAAAAAACAAAACGAAAACAGAACAUUUUAUGUAAACAAGUAGUUUUAACAAUGGUGUAAUGCUAAAACAUGUCCAAACAACAUAUCUUUUGUUUAUACUUAUAUGAGAGUUUUAUUUUUAUUUUUUGGGGGAAAAAUGUUUGUAACGCUGUUGACAAUGAAUUUAUGAUUAUUUUAUUAAUUUGGUCACUAACUGCUGGAUGCUCAUAUGAAAUAACCUAAUUUACCCAAAGAUUAAAAAUGAUAGUCACCAAGAGGCCUUUUAAACACUGCUUCAUUUGUUAGAACUACUCAUACUUAUUUUAAGGUGUGUUUUAUAUUUAUGUUUUUCAAACACUGCUUUCUGAACACUAUAAUUAUAAUUAUAUUCAUAGCACUUCUUUUAAAUCUUAACCUAUUUGCAUAAAAUAACUUGUUUCAUGUCAAGAAUUAUUUGUAACACUACAUAUUAUGUCAAAUUCGCAGAUCUACAGAAAUAUUUGAUUCAAAACACUACUUUCACUCUUGUGCACAGUGGUCAGAAAUUGGCUCAGGGAGAGCAAUAUUUGAUAAACGUAUAGAGAGCUGAUUUUUCUACAUUUGUUACCCAGUGCAUGGAUUUCUUUAGUAUAAAAUCCUAGGUUUUCAUUAGAAUCACAAGAUUGUUUCUUUCAAACAACUUCUUGUUUUAUUUUUACUUGUUACAUUACUCAAAAAGCUCAUGCAUGUCUUUACUUCCACAAAACCUCUUUCAACCACCUUUUCAGUUUUCUACAAACUUUCAUUUGAUCUAUUGGCUUUGAAUAUAUUUUACAGACCUUACUGUGAAUUGUAAUGCUGUAUAAAAUUAAUAUGAAUUAUUAUGUUCACUGUUUAAUAAUUUUAACCAUGUUUGUUAAAGUCUGCAUUGCUUGUUUAUGUAUACAAAACUAAAAUACAAUUAAAAUAAAAAAAAUA